AUGGCACCUGCUCUGGAGACUGUCGCACACCUCGCGACGCGAGCGCUGGAAUCGCGUCAAACGCGCUGCUAUAAUACCAUCUAUGGCCGUCGAUGUUCGUACAACCGAUGGGGAGGAUGGGGCAGAUGGGUCUUGCUUGGUGUCAUCGUGGGAUUAGCAGUCUUGAUCUUCUUCGCCUUCGCCUGCAUGACUGCUCGUCGCCGUCGCAAGGUCGGUCGCAAGCCAUUUAUGGGCACCGGCUGGGCUGUUCCAGCGAACAUGAAGCACAAUGGCGCUCCGAUGCAGCAGCAUUACCAAAGUCCACCACUGCAGUAUGGCCAGCAGAAUAACGCUCAGUACGGACAGAACGCCGACUACUACGGUGGUAAUCAGUAUGGAAACAACACUCAAUACCAAAAACCAGCCGGAGCACCCCCAGGUCAGUCGUACGGACAGUACGCUCCACCGAGUGAACCGCCUCCUGCGCACGUCAGGUAG